AUGCAUUCUGGUUGUCUGGGCACAGCGAAGCAUGACUUGGUCAUUGCCAUGUGCAGCGGUGAGAAUUUGGAGGAACAGGAUGAGAAGAUGGAGGAGUUCGAUGAGUUGCAUACUGAUGCAUUGAUGAAGCUUAAUCUUCUAAUGGAUUUCUUCCGUGGUAAUCCCGCACCAAAUAACGUUGGAGUUCCUCAAGUGAUCGUCACCCAGCAACCUCUGAGGACACCGAUUCCAACUUUCGAUGGAAAGUACGAAGGUUGGCCGAAAUUCAAGGCUCUGUUUAAUGACUUGGUUGGAAAGUGCGGUGACUCCGAUGCAACUAAGCUACAGUACCUUGACAAAGCAUUGGUCGGGGAUGCUUCUGGUAUAUUGGACGCGAGAAUUAUCAACAACAACAACUAUCUGCAAGCUUGGAAGCUGUUAGAAGAGCGUUUCGAGAAUCCUAGAGUGAUUAUUGAUACCCACAUAUCUGGUUUGCUAUCUAUGAAAGCGAUUCCCAGGCAGAGCUACAAGGAUUUGAGAUCACUAAUCGACAAUUGCAGUCGUCAUGUGGAAGGCCUGAGGUUCAUGAAACAGGAGGUUGAUGGCACAGCGGGACUCAUCGUAGUUAAGUUAUUAGCUAUGUGUCUGGAUGGAGAAACACGGAAGCAGUGGGAGCAAACCUUGGAUCAUGGCGAACUUCCCGAUCUGGAUGACACCUUGAAAUUUCUCCGAAAUUAUUGCCAGGUACUCGAGAGAUGCGAGGUAGACAUGGCAUCAGCAAAGAUAGCAGUUAAACCUCUUGCAACCGGAAGAACGAGCGCACCACCGAGAACUUCUCAUCCAGUGACUUCGAGUUCAUCGGAUAAUGUGUGUGAAAUAUGUGAAGGUCAGCAUAUCAACUACAAAUGUCCUAAAUUCUUGAGCUUGAGUAUCGAUCAGCGUGUUACCAAAGUGAAACAAGUGGGUCUAUGUUUCAACUGCCUUCGUAAGGGCCAUCAAAUCAGAAUCUGUCCUUCGGACAAGGUAUCCCAAGUUGAACCGGAGCAACAAGGUGACAGCGGAGAAUCCGAUUCACCCGAAGCGAAGACAGUAUCAACUGUGCUACCGGGAGAUCCUGUGUCUACAGCAUGUUCUAGUGUUCAGCGACGAGCGAAACAAGUGCUUCUGAUGACCGCAUUGGUGAGUGUAGUGGCGAAGAGCGGAAAAUCAUUUAAGCUUCGUGCUCUUCUCGAUUCCGGAUCUCAAGUCAACUUGAUCUCUGAAUCCGCCGUGAAGCUGCUUUCUCUUCCAAGGUAUCCAGCCAAUAUUCCUGUGGUAGGCGUGGGUGGUACUCGAUCUCAGAUCCGACAUCGUGUUAUUUUGAAUCUAUCCUCCGAUUACUCUGGAUUCGAGAGUAAUGUAGACUGUCUGGUCACAACGAGAGUGACGGGGAAGAUUCCAUCCGUUGCAGUCAAUAUUACGGAAUGGAAGUUUCCUCCUGGAAUUGUCUUGGCCGAUCCCAGUUUUAAUGAAUCGAAAGAUGUGGAUCUACUGAUCGGUGCGGAGCUAUUUUUCCAAAUUCUGAAGCAAGCACAGUUGAAGAUUUCCGAAGAAUUGCCUACUCUGUAUGAGACCCAGUUUGGGUGGGUGAUGGCUGGUGCUGUAGAUGAAGUCGAUGGUGAAGUCGUCAACGUAUUAUGUGCAACUGAUGAGGACCCUUUGCUGAAAAGCAUUCAGCGGUUUUUUGAGCAAGAGGAGCUUGCAGAGGAGAAGGUAACCACGAGUGAGGAACAAGCGAUUGAAGACCAUUUCUGCGAAACGUAUCGGCGAGAUGAGGAAGGCCGAUUUGUAGUUCAACUUCCGUUUCGUGAAUCUCUCAACCAACUAGGGGAUUCUCGGUCAUUAGCAAUGAGGAGGUUCUUGUCAACUGAGAGGCGCCUGGUCAACGACCCUGAGACGAAGAAUAUGUAUCAAUCCUUCCUUAAAGAAUACGAAGAUCUUGGCCACUGUCAUGAGAUUCGCGAGGAAGACGAUCUACCGGGCCAACAAAGCUACUACUUUCCGCAUCAUGCUGUAUUCAAACCAUCAAGUACUAGCACAAAGUUACGUGUUGUGUUUGACGGUAAGGCGAAGUCUAAUGGAUUAUCGCUCAACGAAGUUUUGAUGAUUGGCCCAAAAAUCCAGAAUGACUUAUUCUCCAUCGUACUGCGCUUCAGAAGACAUAUUUAUGCAUUCUCCGCAGACGUAGAAAAAAUGUACAGACAAGUGAAAAUUGAUCCAAGCCAGACACGGUUCCAAAGAAUAUUUUGGCGUGACCAUCCAACGGAAUCAAUACGAGUGUUGGAGUUAUCCACAGUGACCUACGGAACAGCUCCUGCUUCCUUUCUAGCUGUUAGGUCUAUGGUUCAACUUGCGAGAGAUGAGAGCUCCAGUUUUCCAGAAGCUGCGGAAGCAAUACUAGAAGACUGUUACAUGGAUGAUAUACUAAGUGGUUCUUCAACGCUAGAAUCCGCAAAACAGCUACGAAGUGAAAUAGAGAACUUGAUGGCGAAGGGAAGAUUUCCCAUUCGAAAGUGGUGCUCAAACGACGAUGAGGUGCUCGAAGGUGUUCCUGACCAGGAUCGAGAAAAGCUGGUUCGGAUUGAAGAUUCUGGUACCAACGAAACUAUUCGAACAUUGGGUAUUUUGUGGAACCCAAGAAGUGACCAAUUUCUUUUCUGGAGAAGCCCAGAAGUAGCGCAAAUCGACGACAAGAUUACAAAAAGGAGCGUUCUUUCUCAAAUUGCCAAAUUAUUUGAUCCGCUUGGCCUCAUAUCUCCUGUUAUCGUAGUAGCCAAGACAAUCAUGCAGCAAUUAUGGGCUGAUGGAUUGGGAUGGGACGAGAUCCUCGAAGGCGACUUGCUGAAAAGAUGGGUGGCGUUUUAUCAGUCAUUGAUAGAGUUGAAUGAGAUAAAAAUACCAAGAUGUGUCAUUGUUCCAAAAGCUCUUCGAAUUGAGAUUCACGGAUUUGCUGAUGCUUCAUGUGCUGCAUACGGUUCUUGUAUUUAUUUGCGUUGUGUUCAAAACGACGGAGCUGUGGCCGUGCGAUUGUUAUGCAGUAAGUCAAGGAUAGCCCCUUUACGCCGCCUCACAAUGCCUAGACUGGAAUUGUGUGCGGCAGUGACUCUGGCGAGAUUGGUUAGCAUGGUGGUACCGAUUCUGAAAAUCGAGGUUCAUGAUGUAAAAUUGUGGUCGGAUAGCCAGAUCGUGUUGGCAUGGUUAAAAAAGAGUCCAGAUCAACUACAAGUGUACGUAAGAAACAGAGUUUUGGAGAUUGGCAGACUGUGUAGUGACUUUGAUUGGAAUUAUGUCAGGUCCGAGGAAAAUCCGGCGGAUCUAGUGUCCCGAGGAUGUUAUCCAGAAGUGUUGCGUCGCUCAGAUAUCUGGUGGAAUGGCCCACCAUUUUUGCGAGCUAUGACCUACGAGAAACAGAAUACUCCAGUGAUUCUUGAUGACGAAUUGCCAGAAUUGAAGGACACUCAAGUGUGUAAUCCAGUGGUCGAGAUUGAGGACGAACCAGUGUUUCAACGGUGUGGAACUUUUUCGAAGCUACAGCGGAUAUUGGCUCAGGUGGCCAGAUUUACUCGUUUAGUACGGAUGUCCAAGGAGAAACGUGCAAAUUCCAAAUACAUUUCUGUGCAAGAUAUGCGAAAGGCAACAUUGUACAUUGUGCGCGUUCUGCAGCGGAAGGAAUUGUGUGAUGAAAUCCAACGAUGGGGGUUUACUAAGAGUCGGCGGGCGUUUACAGAACUCUAA